AUGGUUUGCCUAGUGCUCUUUUUGCUGUGUCUGAGCCACCCAGAUGUCACUGCCUUCAGUUCAAUUGCUGAAAAUGAAGACGCACUCCUCAAACACUUAUUUCAAGGCUAUCAGAAAUGGGUCCGCCCUGUGGAAAACUCCAAUGACACCAUCAAAGUCCUUUUUGGAUUAAAGAUAUCACAGCUUGUGGAUGUGGAUGAGAAGAAUCAGCUGAUGACAACCAACGUAUGGCUGAAGCAGGAAUGGAUCGACCACAAGCUCUCCUGGAAUCCAGAGGAAUACGGUGGGAUCACUGCCAUCCGUGUCCCCUCUGAGUCCCUGUGGCUUCCUGACAUUGUUUUGUUUGAAAAUGCUGAUGGACGUUUUGAAGGAUCCCUGAUGACCAAAGUCAUAGUGAAGUACAAUGGGGUCGUGACCUGGACGCCGCCGGCCAGUUAUAAGAGCUCCUGCACAAUGGAUGUGACCUUCUUCCCCUUCGACAGGCAGAACUGCUCCAUGAAGUUUGGGUCAUGGACAUAUGAUGGCAGUAUGGUGGACUUGAUUUUAGUGGAUGAAAAUGUAGACAGGAAAGACUUCUUUGAUAAUGGGGAGUGGGAGAUCUUAAAUGCCAAAGGUAUGAAAGGCAACAGGAAGGACGGGCUGUACACUUACCCAUUUGUCACUUACUCUUUUGUGUUGAGACGCCUUCCACUGUUUUACACUCUUUUCUUAAUAAUCCCUUGUCUGGGAUUGUCUUUUCUAACUGUCCUGGUGUUUUACCUGCCUUCAGAUGAAGGAGAAAAGCUUUCAUUGUCUACUUCAGUCCUAGUCUCCCUCACUGUUUUCCUUUUAGUGAUUGAGGAAAUAAUCCCUUCUUCUUCCAAAGUCAUUCCUCUGAUCGGUGAGUAUCUUCUGUUCAUCAUGAUUUUUGUGACCCUCUCUAUCAUUGUGACUGUGUUUGUUAUCAAUGUCCACCAUCGCUCCUCAGCAACUUACCAUCCCAUGGCUCCCUGGGUUAAAAGACUCUUCCUCCAAAAGUUGCCUCAGCUGCUCUGCAUGAAGGGCCAUGUAGAUCGUUACUCAUUCUCAGAGACUGAAGAAAAGGAAACCACCUUGAAAUCAAAGCUCCCAGGGAAGCAGAAACACAAGCAAGUGAAAGACGGAGAAAAAAUUAUUAUUGACUUUCUGGAAAAGGCAGCCGACUCCAUUCGAUACAUUUCCAGGCAUGUUAAAAAGGAGCAUUUCAUCAGACAGGUUGUCCAAGACUGGAAAUUUGUAGCUCAGGUCCUGGAUCGUAUCUUCCUGUGGUUAUUUCUGGUGGUGUCAGUGAUGGGUUCCGUUCUCAUCUUUACCCCUGCGUUACAGAUGUGGCUGAAUAGCACUUUGUAGAAAACACUCCCAUAGUAGCCUAUAACAAGUACAAUGCCAAGAGAUGGUGGUGCUUUUGAGGUUAGUCUCUGUUGUACAGGAUGGCAAGCAACAGCCAGAAUGAGGGAAGGUGAUGGUAACAGUGGGCAUUGACUAGUGUUUUCUAUCUUCAUAUAACUCUACCAGUUACAGAUUUGGCUGAGAGCAGAGAAGGGCUUGGUGUGCAGCCAAGUCCUAAAGUGAAUUGGGGUUGCACAGCUGGGUUGUAAGUAUUUUACUAGUAGCUUGGUUAUAUUACAAUAAAAGCCAAGAUUAUUAGUUAAAAUUUGAAAUAGUACUUCUGGCACAAUGAUUAUGCUUAAGAGGCAGAUCUGUCAGUUAAAAUGCUACUUUAUGAAAGAAGUU